AUGGCAACUCCAGAGGACAGGGCGCGCGAUGCUGGCCCUCCCAGGGUGAUUGCCGUCGGGCUGCUUCGCACCGGCACGACCUCUCUCAAAACAGCUCUCGAAGAACUGGGCUUCAAGCACGUCUACGAUGGCCUCGACUCCCGCACCAAGCCGACCCACUGGGAUUUCCUGGAGCGAGCGGCGAUGGCGACUUGGCCUGAAAUCAACGCCAAGGGCCACUCACCUCGGCCGAAGCCCUUCACUCGAGAAGACUGGGACGAGCUGUUUGGGGUGUACGACGCGUUGACGGAUUUGGUGUGCUUCUUCGCGGUGGAGCUGGCGGAUGCGUAUCCCGACGCCAAGAUCAUCCUCACGGAGCGCGACUACGACACGUGGUAUCCCAGUUUCGAGAGCCAGGUCCUCUGGCCUAAUUUUCAGCCCUUGACCAGCAUGUUGAUUAAAAUACUGGGCACUAUCGUCGGCAACCGGGCGGGAUUCACCAUGCAGAAGAUACUCCGCGGCUUCUCGGGAGGUGCGUCGAGCCUGGAAGACUUCCGCCGCAUGACGCCAGAGGUUUACCGUCGACAUUCUGAGCGCAUCAAGGCUCACAUUGCGCCUGAGAGGCUACUGGUGUACAGGGUGGGCAAGGACGGGUGGAAGCCUCUGUGUGACUUUGUCGGGAAAGAAGUGCCUGAGGGCAAGGCGUUCCCGUUCGCGAAUGACCGGCAAGCGCACGAAGCGUCGAAUGCGAAGAUUAUUAGAAAUGCUUGGUUUCAGGCAGCCAGGAUUGUCGGAACGUAUGGUGUUGCUGUCGGAGCUGCAUUUGCGGCGUGGAAAUGGCUCAGGUAG